AUGGAAAACUACCAGCAUGCUGUGUUUUUUGAGGCAAAGAGUCUCUCAGAUGAAGAACUUAGACAAAUACAACUAUACUUCAAAAUCAGGAGAAGGUCUGGAGGAGGAGACUGUGAGAUCUACAAAGUGGGUAACAGCACCUACAAGAUAAGUUUUAUGAACAAAAAUGCCCAGGAAAGAGUACUAGAACGAAAGGAUCAUGUCAUCAAAGUAGAAGGACAAGAGGAUAUCUAUGUUUCAUUAAGUCUUGAAAAUGUCACUGAAAGCAGUGAAAAACCUACAGCAUCUGCAAAUCAGAAAUGUGCUAAAAGUGUGGAGAAGGUUUUAAAACUGAACCAUUAUCUACUACGCUUCUUCAGUGAAUGUAAAAGCCCAUAUUCAGAUUUGGAAAAACGCCUCUCUAAGGUCUCCAGCACCUUUGAGAUCAACGCUGACUGUGAAGAGUUGGUGGUGACGAGGGACCCAGCUGCAGCAGAUGUUUUUCCCCUGAAGAAAUGGGAAUUUGCAGUGGAUGAAGUGUUUGAGACUCUUAAGUCACACUAUAUCAUCCACUUCGAGGUUGAAAGAGAUAAAUCUGUAAGUCUCGAAGAAAACUCUUUCCUCCAAAGUGAUAAUUUAAAAAUAUUUUUUGAAGAACUAACAUGUUUAGCUGUGGUAGUCGGAGAACGAACAGAAGUUGAGAAGAGAUUAAAAUUUCUAAGCGGUUUGAAGGACAAACUGCAGAUUCAACAAGAGUGUUGCAUGUCUGAGAAACAGUAUGGCCUCAUCAAAGAACGGUUUGAGCAAUACAUACAAACUAAAUUACCUGCUCUUAAGAUCGAACAGGAAAGAGCAGGUGUUCUCCUUCUGAAGGGUCCUGAGAAAGAGGUUCAUGCAGGUGAAGAAGAGCUUUUGAAAUUGGCACUAGGAAUCAGAGAGAAGAGGAUCCCAUGCCAUCGUGCCGUUAUGACCUUCAUGGAAUCAAGUGGCAGCAUACAGCACUUCCAAAACCGAUUUCAGCAGAGCCUCUGCAGCCCAGUUAUGCUCGAGACUUCAGGUUCAGACCUUCUUCUGCUGAGUCUGUCUGAUGGAGCACUAGAGGAGGCGGCCGCUGCUGUGCAGAGAGACGUGUGUUUGGAGACUGUGCGUCUGGAAAACACUCAGAAAUCAUCUGCGUUGACUAAACUGAAGGAAGAUUUGAAUGAAGCCGUCGAUCAAGCCAAUCGUGGAAGUGUUAAAGUGGAGCUUAAAUACCAGGAUGAAUCAACUACUGACCCCAAAGUGCAACUUGUGGGCUACACUACUGAAGUUAAUAAGCUGAAGAACAUUGUGCUGGAAUACAAACGAAACCAUCAGAACCAUCACACCUCCCUGCCUCUUCCCAGGCCAGAAAUGGCAGAGCACUUCUCUGAUAUCUUGGCAAUGGCCGACUCUAUGGAGUCUGAUAAAGAGAUAAACAUUAAAGUUGUGGUUGGUAGUCUUGAGCAACAACAGGCAGAUGUGUUUGUUGCUCCAAUGAUCAAAACAAAAAUGACCUCAACCUUGAUUGGAUCAUCCCUGUUGAAUAAAGCAGGACAGCAGCUUCAAAAUAACUUCAAAAGGGCAAAGGGAAAUCACACUCUUAAGCCUGGAGAAGUGCUGGAGGUGGAUGGGACACAAGCGCUGGGAUGCUCCAAGGUUUUCUUUAUAGAAUCUCUGUUUCAUUCACUGACCUCUGACCUUGAUGAGAUCAUCAUGCCAGUAGAUGGGGUUGAACUCCAUCUAGUGUUUGGAGACAUCACUAAUGAGACAACGGAUGCCAUCGUGAACACCACUGACUUUAAGGACUUCCAGACAGCUGGAGUGUGUAAGGACAUCCUUACUAAGGCAGGACCUCAAAUCCAGGCUCAACUGACAGGCGCUCAGGUAGCAAGAGGGCAGAUCUUCACGACCCAGCCAGGAGGCUUCCCCUGUAAGACGAUCAUGCAUAUUUGUGGACUGAGGGACCCUGAUGUUAUCAAGACCCUGGCAAAAGAAAUAGUGGUUCAAAGUGAGCAGGGCUGCUGCAGGUCUGUGGCCAUUCCUGCGAUCUGUGCUGGACAAGGAGGCUUGGAUCCAUGUGUGGUGGCUAAAUCCAUUCUAGAGGGAGUAAAGGAUGGAGUUCAAGGAGCGAAUCUUCAACAUCUCAAAAGCAUUCGAAUCGUUCUGCUGAAGAUUAAUGUUUUCCUGGCUUUCAAAGCAAUGGCAAAGCAAAUCUUUGGUGCUCUUGCACCCCUUGCACCUACGAGUGUAAUCACCAGAGGGCGCAGUGCAUCAACUCGAUCAAGAUCACAUUCCUUAACCUCACCAGUCACUUCAGACUUCAGUUCUCUAAUGAAGUCAUUGCCUGACACAGAGAGCAGAGCAGCAUUUCUAGUCAUUGGUCACACAAAUAAUGUGUCUAAUGCCUGUAGAGAAAUACAGCAGGCAUAUAAGAGCCAGUGCUGCACACAUACUAUCUUUCGUGAUGAGAUCAGGUGUCUCACUGAAGAUGAGAAGAAGCAGCUGUACUCUAAAGUGAGUUCACUGCACUUGCAGAUAGAGCAGAUCAGCUCUGAUAGAUGGGUAGUAAAAGGACUGAAGGAUGGAGUGAAUGAGGUGGUUAGACUGAUACAAGACGCACUUCGUAGACAGGUAAGAGACAAGGAGCAGUCCAUCCUCUUCAGUCAAGUCACAUGGUGCAUUCUGGGAUCAAGGGGUAUUUGGCAGAAGGUACCAAAAGAUGUGAAUUAUCUGCUUGAGAAAGGAGAUGUGAAAGAUGGAAUUGUGGAUGCACAGGGUGUGAAAUGGACUGUGAAUCUGGGAAAGAUGGAGGCAAAAGCAUGUCAUUCAGGAGAGGUGACCGCUCUCAAGCGACUGGAGAACCUUUCAGAUUUCUCUGUGCCAAUCUACUGGAACAACAUGAGUCAAGGUGACUCCUUACAGGUGAAUGAACUAGAUCAGUCAUCCACAGAGUACCAGACUGUGAAGGCAGACUUCAAGAAGACUGUCCCAAAAACAGUGCUCAAGAUCCAGCGCAUCCAGAACAUGAAUCUCCGGCGGUUAUACGAGGGGCGUAAAAAAGAGCUAGAGGACAGAAAUGGUUCUGUGGGAGCAGCGGAGAAGAUGCUUUAUCACGGCACAUCAGAGGAAUCCUGCUCAUCCAUCAUCAAGUCAAACUUUAAUCGCAGUUUUUCAGGGCAAAAUGCCACCAACUACGGACAUGGGACGUACUUCGCUGUGAACGCCAGCUACUCUGCCCAAAACAAUUAUGCAGUUGCUGCAGCAGACGGGACACAGUUCAUGUUUGUGGCUCGUGUGCUUACGGGUUACCACACUCGGGGUAAUGCGAACAUGAAGACGCCCCCUGUUCGUGAGGAACCUGACCGAUAUGACAGUGUGGUGGAUAGUUUGCAGAAUCCCUCCAUGUUUGUGAUUUUCCACGACUGCCAGGCUUAUCCAGACUACCUCAUCACAUUCAAGUGAACUUUUAAAUGUAAUAAUUUAGGGGACACUUAUAUUCAGAGGGUUUGAGUUAGUUACAGUACUACACACCUUUUUUUUUUUGCUUUAUGUCACAACUAACUACGCA